GCAGCGCCGCUCAGCAUGUGCCCGCCGCGCAGCCUCCUCCUUGUGGCCACCCUGGUCCUCCUCCACCACUUGGACCACUUUAGUUUGGCCAGGAACCUCCCCGCCACCACAGCAGGCCCCGGAAUGUUCCAGUGCCUCAACCACUCCCAAAACCUGCUGAGAGCCGUCAGCGACACCCUUCAGAAGGCCAGACAAACCCUAGAAUUUUACUCCUGCACUUCUGAAGAGAUUGAUCAUGAAGAUAUCACCAAAGAUAGAACUAGCACAGUGGAGGCCUGCUUACCACUGGAAUUAGCCACGAAUGAGAGUUGCCUGGCUUCCAGAAAGAGCUCUUUUAUGAUGCCCAUCUCAAUAGUUCCUUCCCCACUUUGUCGUAUUAUGCAGACCCUGUGCCUUAGCAGUAUCUAUGAGGACUUGAAGAUGUACCACAUGGAGUUCCAGGCCAUGAAUGCAAAGCUUCUGAUGGAUCCUAAGAGGCAGAUCUUUCUGGAUCAGAACAUGCUAGCAGCUAUUGCUGAGCUGAUGCAGGCCCUGAAUUCCCACAGCAAGCCUGUGUCACAGAAACCCUCCAUGGAAGAACUGGAUUUUUAUAAGACUAAAAUCAAGCUCUGCAUACUUCUUCAUGCCUUCAGAAUUCGUGUGGUGACCAUCGAUAGAAUGAUGAGCUAUUUGAGUUCUUCCUAA